CCUUACAAUCGAGGAUUUGCAGUACAGCAUUGUAAACAUUAGGAUGUAACUAUAGAAUACUAGUUGUAUCGAAAAUGUACUGCAGUUCAUUCAAUUUCAUUUCUGCAAGUCGGUCGAUGGCUCGUGCAGGGUUACUUUGUUUGGUGGUCCUUGUACUGGCCGUCGGGGCUCAAGCCCUGACCCCAACUCAUCACUUAACAGCCUCAGAUGUGGCAAGACUGGAAGCCCGGUUGGGCCAGCCCUUCACAGACCUGCAGUCUGCAUACUUCUCCAUUGUCGGCCGGAGCAAGUUGGGAGUGACUGUGGCAGAUUCAGAUGCGGCAUGCCAAUUCCUGAAGUCAAAUCUGGAUCCAACAAAUAUCGAGUCUUUAUUUUAUGCUGCUGAUGCCAGCCAAGCACUUUCAGGAUGUGAGAUCCCAGUGUCGAAUGAGACUCGAGACCUCCUGAUGGCUGCGGUUAGUGAGGACUCCACUGUGUCUCAGAUCUAUCAGUCUGUGAGCGCCCUCAGCUCUCUGGGACUCCCUCUAGCCUCACAGGAAGUGGUUGGUGCCCUCUCUGCCCGCAUCACCAAGGAGGACAAUGUCCUUGGCAUCAUCUAUGCUCUCCACACUGCUGCUCGUCUCUCUCAGCAGGCAGAGCUAGGAGGGAUCCUGGAGGAGAUUGAGGACCUGGCCGCCCGUCUGGAUGACCUGGGGGGACUUUUCCUCCAGUUUGAGGAAGGACUGGAGACCACGGCUCUUUUUGUCAGUGCAGCCUAUUCUCUGUCUGACCAUAUGGAUAUGGAGCCCCCACUCAAAGAGGACCAGGUUAUCCAGCUGGUGAACUCCAUCUUCAGUAAGAAGUCCUGGGAGACUCUGGCAGAGGCCUUCAGUGUAGCCAGCGCCGCUGCUGCCCUCUGCAACAACCGCUUCCACGUGCCUGUGAUCGUCACAGCCCAGGGGCCUGCCACUGUGUCCCACAGCCAUCCGGUUCUGCAGCUCCAGGUGACCGAUGUGCUCUGCCAGCCCCUGUCUGCUGAUGUCGUGGUUGAGAGUGCAAGCUCAGUAGCAUCCAAGAAUGUCGUCCUGAGCAAGGCCCCCUUUGCUCUGCGAGAUGGUGUCUAUGAACUGAACUUCAUGGAGAGCCGGCCGGCCAGCGGCUACUACCAGUUUGCUGUUGCCGUCACUGGAGAUAGCAGGCUGAUCGCAAACCAUGUGGAGCUCAAAGUUAAAGUGUCUACUGAGGUAGCCAUCACUAACAUGGACCUGUCUGUGGUGGACAAGGACCAGAGCAUUGGGACCAAGACCACGAGAGUGGACCAUCCCAGCAAGUCUAAGGGCUCCUUCAUGGCCGACAGCCAUCAGAACUUUGCCAUGUCCUUCCAGCUGGUGGAUGUCAACUCUGGGGUUGAACUCAUCCCCCAUCAGGUCUUUGUGAGGCUGCACAACCAGAAGACUGGACAGGAGGUGGUGUUCGUGGCUGAGCCAGACAGCAAGAACGUGUACAAGUUUGAGCUGGACACGGCCGAUAGGAAGUCUGAGUUCGACUCCAUGUCCGGUACCUAUGCCCUCUACCUAAUGGUGGGAGAUGCCACCCUGCAGAACCCCAUCCUCUGGAAUUUGGCUGAUGUUGUGCUGAAGUUCAUGGAUGAGGAGGCCCCUUCAGCUAUCCAGUCCAAAACUCUCUAUAUUCCCAAGCCUGAGAUCCAGCACUUGUUCCGUGAGCCAGAGAAGAGACCCUCCACAGUGGUGUCCAACACCUUCACUGCUCUUGUGCUCUCGCCGUUGCUGUUACUGCUCAUCCUGUGGUUUAAGCUGGGAGCCAACUUUGCAAACCUCAGUCUCUCUCCCAGCACGGUGCUCUUCCAUAUUGGCCAUGCAGCCAUGCUUGGUCUGAUGUACGUUUACUGGACUUACCUCGACAUGUUCCAGACCCUUAAAUAUCUGGCCAUCAUCGGCAGUCUCACAUUCCUGGCUGGAAACCGCAUGCUGGCCCAGAAAGCAGUGAAAAGGAUUGCUGCUGAACAAAGUAGUAGGUUGGCAAAGUAUAGGAGCCUGCGGUAAAAAGCCUCUCUGCUAGUCUCAAAGCCCAGUCUUCUAGGCUAAAACUCGAGGGGAAAUAAUGAGAAGAAGUUUCUACAGAACACAAGAAUCCUACAGUUUGUCAGUGGUUUUGUUUCA